AUGCCGUCUCACGAGUUAGCCAGUCUCCGGUCUCUACCCCAUCCCCCAUCGUCUCGCUCAUCGUCCCGUUCCGAGCUCGAGCAGCUGCCACUGCCUCCGGUGGACCAGGGCAAAGGCGCCUGGCUGAUGCUGGCCGCGUGCUGUGUGAUCCAAUUGCCGGUCUGGGGAUAUUCUCUCGUCUCCGGUAUCUUCCAGGAGUACUUUGCCACGCACAAGGAUCUUCAGGGCAGCAAAGGCGGGCUGGCGAUGGUGGGAACCACAUCAACGGGAAUCCUGUACCUGCUGUCCCCGGUGACCUUCACGCUGUUGACCCGCCAUCCCCAUCUCCAGAAGUACUGCGCCCCCGUCGGCCUGGUCCUCACCGUCGGCGGGUCUCUGCUUUCCUCCUUCGCCACGACCGUCUGGCAGCUGAUUGCAACCCAGGGGGUGAUCUGCGGUCUGGGCAAUGGUCUCGUCUUCAGCCCGACUACCCUCUAUCUGGACCAAUGGUUCAUUCGCCGCAAGGGCCUGGCAUAUGGGAUCAUGUGGGCAGCCAAGAGCAUCUCCGGCGUGGCUCUUCCCUUUGUGGCGAGUGCGUGUCUCGAUAGCUUUGGGGCAAGGACCACGCUGAGGGCGUGGACGGUCAUCACGCUGCUCACCAUCCUCGCAGCGCUGCCCUUCGUCAAGCCACGGAUCCCCCCAUCCCCGUCCACCACCCCUCAGCCACUCAACCUGGCUUUCUUGAAGCUCGUCACGUUCUGGAUGCUGCAGCUGGGAAACAUCAUCCAGGGCUUCGGGUACUUCUUGCCCAGCGCCUAUCUCCCGUCGUACUCCACGACCGCAGCCGGUCUGUCCGCCACAACAGGCACUCUCCUGCUGGCGCUGUUUAAUGCCACUUCUGUGGCCGGGGGCAUUGUUCUGGGGGCUUUGUGUGAUCGCUUUGCCGUCUUUAAUAUCAUGCUGCUCUCCUCCGUAGGCUCGGGACUGUCCGUCCUGCUGUUCUGGGGCUUGUCGACAUCUGCCUCCUCCGCCAGCUAUCCACACGCUGCCAUCGCCUUGCUGACUCUCUUCUCCAUCACGUACGGGUUCUUCGCGGGCGGCUUCAGCUCCACGUGGUCCGGGGUGCUCACCCAGGUCAAGCGCGAGAUGCCCUCGUUGGAGACGGGGCUGGUGUUCGGGCUGCUGGCCGGUGGACGGGGCAUCGGUAGUGUCGCCAGUGGUCCGUUGAGCUCGGCACUGAUGCAGCAGGGGUCUCUCGCUGGAAAGGAGAGCGGUGGGAUCGGAUAUACCACCGAUUACGGGGCGCUGAUUCUAUUCACGGGGGUGACGGCCAUUCUGGGGGGAUGGGGGUGGAUCUGGCGGUACUCCAGUGGCUGCCUGAGUAGAUAG